AUGGUGGCUCAGCAAAAGAAACCCCAUACCUUGGGUGAAAAAUUAAUUAAACCUAGCAUACUUAAAGCUGUUGAAAUAAAACUUGAUGAAUUAGCUUUGGACAUUAAAAAUCAGUUGAUUCAUAAAUUAAAACAUUCCGUAUUCUUUGCAAUCCAAUGUGAUGAAUCAACUGAUGUGGCCAAUUGUUGCCAGCUAUUAGUUUACUGCCGUUUUAUAAAUGAACAGUCCAUCACAGAAGAACUUCUAUUUUCCCAGGCUUUAAAUUCCACCUCAAAAGGCAGAAACGUUUUGUCUGCCAUUGACAUAUUUUUUGAUCAGAAUGGUUUGUCUUGGAAAAAUGUUGUAGGUGUCUGUACAGAUGGUGCUCCUGCAAUGCUAGGGUCAAGAUCGGGUUUUGUAAGCCUAGCAAAAAAUAAAAACCCGUCAAUAAUCGGUUCUUAUUGUGUAAUACACCGACAAGCUUUAGCUGCAAAAACGCUGCCAUCUGAACUUAAAAAUGUACUUGAAGUAUGUAUAAAAGUUGUUAACACCAUCAAAAACAGUGCACUUAACUCGCGUCUUUUUAAGAUUCUUUGUUCAGAGCUAUCCGCGGAACAUUCUGUUUUAUUAUUCCAUACAGAGAUUCGUUGGUUAUCCAAAGGGAAUAUGUUUGAACGUUUGAACGAAUUAAAAUCUGAAGUGGAAAUUAUGCUUUUACAAUUAAGAAAAGACAAUCUUCGUGAGAAUUUUACCGAUGAAAACUUCACAUUCUACUUUGCGUACCUAGUAGAUAUUUUUGAAACUAUUAAUAACCUAAAUCUCAAAUUACAAGGGAGGAAUACGAAUAUUAUAACCACCAAAGAUUCUAUAAACUCAUUUCUAGAAAAGAUACAGCUGUGGAAACGCCAAGUAAACAAAGAAACUCCUAAUUUUUCGACUUUCUGUCGAUUGAACGAACUUAUCUUUGAUGAGGAAGAAUCUAUUUGUCUGGUUGGAAUGAAAAAUAUAGUGAUUGAACAUCAUGAAUGUUUGACUGAUGAAUUCAUGCGAUAUGUUCCGGAUUUUUCUAACGAAAGUUGGAAAUAUACGCUAACAAGUUGUCCAUUCAGUGCUAAUGUAGACACAUUGCCGGAUACAUUUCAAGAACAGGCAAUCGAGCUGAAGAAUGAUUCACGCCCAAAAAUUGAUUUUAACAGUGGCAGCUCUUUGAAAGAGUUUUGGGUAAAAUACCAACCCAUUUAUACUGAAAUUUCAAAUGAAGUCUUACAAGUCCUUGUACAAUUUUCAUCGACUUAUUUAUGUGAAUCUGGAUUCUCCAGCUUGACCAUUAUAAAAACCAAACAUAGAAAUCGCUUGGAUGUCGAAUUUGACUUGAGGUGUUCUUUAUCAAACAUCGAGCCUGAACUUAAAAAAAUUGUUCAAAGAAAAGUGUUAAUAAGAAACUCAUUGAGUCAAGAUCAUUUGGACUCAUUUAUGCUUAUGUCAGCUGAAUCUGAUAUUUGA